AUGACGAUAGGAGAUACAAUGGUGUUCAACUCGACUUUCGGAGGUCAUGGAAACGCGACGAGUAUUUCGGCAAAUGACACCUUCCCUGCAGGACCCAGUGCGACUAACGGCACCCUCUUCCCUGGCAUAGACAUGGUCGCUUACUUUUCAAGUCACGUCCAGUCAAAACAGGUCUCACUGAGCCUCCUCGUCUGGGUGGUCUACGACCAUAUUUUAACUCUGUCUGAUAGCGUCAAUUUGUUUUGGCUAUGUCGAUGGAGUAUAUCAAAGGGGCUUUUUCUCACUAGUCGAUAUGUGACUAUUGUGACAGCCACAUUGGUUACCAGAACUUUGUUUCCAAUCCUUCAGACACGCUGUCGUGUUUCUCCCUGGCUACGGCUCACCGGAGCCACCAUUCUUAUCAGCAUCAUAAAUCUAAUACUCGUCUCCCGGAUCUAUGCGCUCUGGAACCGGUCGCGACUUAUUCUCAUUCUGACAAUGCUUGGCCUUGUCCUGAACGCUGCCGUUUUUUUCGGCAUCGUUGCCUACACCUAUAUCGAUGCCGAAAUAAUGGCUAAUCACCCGCCUUUUACUGGAUGCAUGGCUCUCCCGCACUUUCAUUUCGGCUGGACGAUGCUCGUCGCCACCCUCACUUACGAGGCCAUUCUCGUGACCCUUACCGCUAUCAAGGCCUACCCAGUGGCAAUCCAACGGGGUGUCAAAACUCCACUUUACACACUCCUCCUUCAUGAUGGGCUCCUCUACUUUCUCGUGAUCAUGAUCCUACAAAUCAUCAACCUCAUAUCCAUCUUUCAGCCUGGUCCGCUCACUGGCGUCAUGGUCAAUGCCUUUCCCGCACUUGCCGUGAUAGGUGUCUCGUGCAGUCGCUUACUCCUUCGACUGCAGCGAGCUCUUGUGGGAACCAAGGAUGAGCCCUACAGCGAUUUUAUCAAGACAGAGCUCGAAAGAGACUGGCCCAUUGUCACAUUUGGAGGUAGUGGGGUAAAGGCGGAACCAGAUGCGGGGGGGUCGUCUACACAACACUCCCAUUUUCACCUUCCAGCAUUACCAUACGCCACCCGUAUUUCCCGACGCUCACGUAGGCAGCAUCCACGCGAGUCUACCGUAGCGAAACCAGAGGAAGACGUUGCUGCAAGGCGGAGCGCGUUGGCGGAGCUCGAACUAGACCUUGCGCCGUUGGAUGAAGCGCACGAUGAUAUGUUUAGUCCAAACGAGGGGCGUAUAGUUGGAGGGAAGGGUGAUGAGAGCACUGAAGGCGCACAUCAGAGCUCUAGUUUGACAGGGCAUGGCGCCAGGAGACAAUCGAAAAGGCUUCAGAAGCGUAGAAGCAGCACACUGACAAACCAUGAACGGGCUGCAUCGACACUUGCGCAUGGUAUGGACAUCUCCUUGACGGAUUUAUCGUCAUCAGCAAUGUCCAAGAAGCGAAAGGAGAGUAUUGCACGCAGUCCUGCCGGGCAGGAUGUACAUGGCCACCAUUCUUCAUCUAUGGCUAUGGAGGACUCUGGUGAUCGGGCUGGACGGACGGGUUGGCGGGGUGCGGAAGACGACUUUGAUCCGACAGAGAGUCGAAGUCGGAUCAGCGGUAGCUUGGAUCGCGAGAUUGAUAUCGGGGGAGCGUUUCGUGCGCUUACUGGUGCAGCUUCGCCAGUUGGGUCCAGAACCGGAGCUCCUAUCGGAAAGGAGGCUGAUUUAGAGGGCGACGCCGUCAUGUCGACUACAACAAGGGAGGCGAGAAGAGACGAAAGCAGAAGCAGAAGUGCGCAUGAGCAGGAAGAUGUGGAGGAAACUGUGGCCUGGUCCCGAGGACGUCCGACAUCACCCAUCAUCCCCGUGGUCGCGCGUAUUGAACAAGAGCAAAUCAUCACGUACCAUCCUCGUCCGCGUUCCAGUGGAAAGCAGGACGAUGAGCCCGAUAGACAGGACAUUCCAAUGACUGGCACGAGCAUUUCGGGCUCGUUCCCAUUUUCAUAUGCCAACGGGAGAAGCGUGCUCGACUCGUCGCCGCCUGCUUCGCUAGAGACAGACGCUCGUUCUGGUCAAGGGAGCGCAUCUGGUCACUCUGGAGACGCGGCGCGUCCCAAGCAAGGAUCGUUGAGGAUUAGUAGGGUUGGCAUUUACGACUGA